UUCCAAUUUCAAAUUUUAGUUAUCGGUUGCCAGCGUAAAUUUAAUAAUGUUGAAAAAUCGUAUUAACAAACGACUCCAUUGAAAUCUGUAAUCUCUGAUAGGGCGCUUCCACAAGUUAGCGUUUAUCGCUAACUAUAUCUCACUCGUUCUAAUAUAUGACCGUGAAGAGAGAUAGUGACAUUUUAUGAUAACACCACAAAAUUUUAUAAUGGUAGUAACAUUCGCAUUCAGACUAAAGGAUGAAGAAGUGGGGCGCAUAAAUUGAUCAGGAUUAUAAGUGUUACGGUCAUACAAGGACGUUUAAAGUUGAUAUACUCACGAUUGGACACAACACUCGUAAAAAAAUGAGUAAGUUAUUUCGAUCAAAAUCGAAUGAUUUUGAGAACGAAGCGUUGGAGAUUCACAACGAAUACAGAAGAGAACACGGAGUUCCACCUUUAGUUCUGAAUAAAGACAUUUGUAAAAUAAGCCAGAAGUGGGCCGAAGAACUAGCUAAGAAUGAUAAAAUGGCGUACAGCGUAAACCAGACUUAUGGAGAAAGUGUAUACUGCGGUUGGUCACCAGACUCUAAUACGAAAAUAAAAGCGAAAGAUUGCGUUGACAGAUGGUAUAAUGAAAUCAAUGAUUUCUCUUUUGGAAAAGAGCCUGAUGUCUUAAAUUGUGGUCAUUUUACUCAAAUCGUUUGGAGAAGUACAAAGGAACUCGGAAUAGGUAAUGCCAAAAGCAAAUCAGGAAAGUUGUAUGUGGUAGCUAAUUACUAUCCCCCUGGAAAUUACGCUGGCCAAUUCAUGAAAAACAUUCCACCACCGGGAGCUUUUCAAUUUCGGUCUAGCUCCAGUUAUAGUUCAUCUAUUUCACCGCGAGAAUCCAACAAUAAUUUAGCGCCACAUUCACCUAAUAAAUCUGGGCCUCCAUCACCGAAUUUUAGGAGCAGCAAAAAUUUAAGUGAUAUAGCUAAUGAUUUAGUCACAAAAAUCAAAUCAUUUUCGAUAUCAACAGAAAAGUUUGAAGAAGAAUUUCUCCAAGCCCACAACGAUUACAGAUUUAAACACCGAGUACCACCUCUGGAACUUAGUAAGAGGUUAUGUAAAAACGCAGAAGAUUGGGCCAAAACUAUUUCUAAAAAGGGAAAAGUCGAACACCAAGACCAAAAUGAAUAUGGUGAAAACAUAUUCUACGCUUGGUCGUCCGAUCCCAAUUUUUCGCUAUCAGGAAGAGAUCCAGUAGACAAAUGGUACAGUGAAAUUAGUAAUCACUCAUUCGGCCAAGAGCCAGACCAUUUAAGUUCUGGACAUUUUACCCAAGUUGUGUGGGAGGAUAGCAGGGAAAUAGGCGUAGGUGUGGCAAAAACAAAAGAGGGACAAAUUUACGUUGUGGCGAAUUAUUAUCCACCCGGUAAUGUAAUGGGAAGUUUUGCUAACAACGUUCGCCCACCUGUUUAUUAAAUUACCAAUUUCUAGACGACACCAAAGACGUUUUACAUUCCAAAGAAAUAAGUUAUUUAGUUAUAUGAUAUAUUUUAUUUAUUAUUUUUUUUAUAUUUUAGAUUAAGGUAGAUAGAAUUAUUAUUGUGAUGUUACAGUAAAUGUAAAUAAA